AACGGCAGCAACAUGACUGUCUACCUCUGCCAUCACGGCCACCAUGGCUCGCAGACAGGAAGUAGUCGCGCGCUCAGUCACGCACUCAAUCAUCCACAGCGACGUCAACCGUCCCCGUGUCCUCGCGCGAAUCCCCAAUUUCUUCUGGGUCUACUGGCUCGCGUUCCGGUGUGUCCGCGAGGACCUUUUCAAGGCACUUCGUGGCAUAUGGCAGAUCAACGACGACGAGUACAAGAGGAGCUUCGGCAAAGAUGACAAGAAGAAACGCGACCUGAAGCCAAUGGGAGAUAUGGGCUACAGCGGUUCGACCUUCUUCACAACAUCUGACAGCUCCUAUAUUGUCAAGUCGAUCCCUCGCCACUUCGAGCAUUCUUUCUUCAAGAAUGACCUUCUGCUCCCAUAUGCCGAAUACAUGCAAAACAACCCAAGCUCUCUUCUUACGCGCAUCACUGACUUGCUCGAGUGUUGCCAAGUCUCAAUCGGCACAAUCUGUGGCCUAGCUCCGAGCCACCACAUUGUCAUGGAGAACCUGCUGUAUGGGAAAGAAGACAGUUGGGAAGACUACGACCUCAAACCCCAAUCAUACUUCUACCCAGAACGAGAUGUCGCAGGAGGGGUACUGACUAGUGAAGCUACAAAAAGCAAACUUGCUGACGACUAUAACGAGAAAAUCGUCUUGACUCUAGACGAGGCCGAAGAUCUGAAAGGGCAGCUCGAGAAGGACACCAAACUACUGGCCGACUGCAAUGCUGUAGACUACUCCCUCAUGCUUGUCCGCAUACCUGUGUCCGAUGCUCCUGGUCAGGAGGAACUUCCUGCCAAGAGCAAGACACCUCUUGUUCCUCCUGCCCCACCGAGCUGGCGGACGGGAGUCAAAUCUGCUGACGGGAAGUGGGUGUAUCGAGCUGCGGUAUUGGAUUUCUUCUGGGCGAAGCAUAAGGUGCACGCAAAGGCUAUGACUGGGCUGAUCAACACAUACAACGCCGUUGACGGGCAAGGUCCCAUGUCUGUAACGACCGACAGUCCAGAAUAUCGGACAAGAUUCUUGAAGAUGGUGGAGGACAUGAUCGAGCGGCAUUGAGCACGCAGCGGCAUUGGCGACAGAUGGACGACAUUCCGGCUUAGACUGGCUUUUUACAUUAUGAUACCCACACAGUAUUCAAUUCGUGCUAACUUGAUCCUGCUAUCGAGCUUCUCAUAGGCAGCGAUCUGAAUC